AUGGAUUCAAAGAAGCCUUUAAUUGCUGCCAUUAUUGUCCAAAUCACUUAUGCUGGAAUGAGCAUGUUAUCAAAAGCUGCCUUUGCUUCUGGUAUGAAUAACUAUAUCUUCAUUUUCUACAGGCAAGCUUUUGGAAUUCUCUUCCUACUCCCUCCCACCAUUUUUUUCAAAAGAAAAGAAGUAGCACGUUUAUCACUUGGGGAGAUUUGCAAGAUUUUCAUGCUGGCCUUGAUAGGGAGGACGUUGGUUUUGAUUGCUUAUGCGUUAGGUGUUAAUUACACAACUGCAAUUUUGGGUGCUGCAGCAUUUAAUUGUCUUCCUGUUACCACAUUCUUGUUUGCUGUUCUUCUAAGGAUGGAGAAAGUGAAGGUGGGGAAAGCAAGUGGAAUGGCAAAGGUAGGAGGGUUAAUGCUGUGCGUUUCAGGGAUCUUAGUACUUGCAUUUUACAAAGGCCCUUUCAUGAACCCACUCUUCAAUUAUCACCUUUUUGAAACUCAUUCCCAUUCCCAAUCUCAUGCCUCUCCUCACAAAAAUUGGGUUCUUGGUUGCUUUAUGUUCCUCAUUUCUUCUACUUCAGCAGGCUUGUGGUACGUCCUUCAGGCUUUGAUUAUGAAGACUUGCCCUUCCCCUCUUGUGUUAACGUGUGGACAAACCUUGUCAAGCAGUUUUCAGUUGUUUAUUGUGGCCAUUGCAGUUGAAAGAGACCCUUCUCAAUGGAAGUUGGGUUGGAACAUUGGCCUCAUUGCUGUUCUUUAUUGCGGAAUUCUUGUGAUUAGCUUGGGGAACUACUUAUCAUGUUGGGUUAUCAAGAAGAAGGGUCCAGUUUUUCUAGCUGCAACCACGCCAUUAAAUCUCAUUGUUACCAUCAUUGGUUCGCAAUUUCUUUUAAGUGAUGGAACAUCCUUGGGAAGUAUAAUAGGUGCCAUAUUGUUGAUUUUGAGCCUUUACAGUGUUUUAUGGGGGCAAAGCAAAGAAAGGAAUUGUGGUGAUACACAGAAUAGCAGCCAAUUACCAGUUGCAGCAAAAGAGGAAAUUGAAGAUUCACAGCUCAACCAAACUUCCAUUUCAGCUUCUAAGUGUUGAGGAAAUUGCUUCCCUGUUUUUUAACCUAAGUUUGUUGUGAGUCCAAUGAUAUAUAGUAUUAGUGUUUCCAAAAUUUGAGGGAAUGUUAUGUUUUAGGGUGUAGUAGGAAGAUUAAAUAUGCCCAAAAGCAUGUAAUAGCAAUAAUUCACGAAAAUAUAUAAUCAAAUGAACCAUACCUGGUAUUUCUAGUUUAAAAA